AUGUCCGACGCAGUUGUCAGUGAGCGUCGAAUACGUCCUAUCCAAGACGCUGUCGCGACUGCAAAUUGGAAACAGGCGCUACAGUUGUGCGACAAGUGGGCCAAAAAGGGUGAGAAGUCAGAUAGGUUUCUGGCGCUGAAAGCCUUCGUACUGGUCAAUCAGCCCGACAAAGCACAGCAUGAUCGCGGGCACGCCGAGGUGCUCGAGCUGUGCAAGCGGAGCCCUCCCUUCACCCAGCCGGAAGCCAUAUACCAGCUGCAAGAUGCCCUCAAGAGUCUGUCGUUGCAGCAAGAAGGGCCCAAGCUGUGGGAGAGAGCGGUCACGGCGAAGCAGAACGACGAGGACCUUUACAUGAGAUGGCUGAAUCAAGCCAUCCGGGACAACAACUGGCUCAGCGCGCAAAAGGCCACCAUGGGGUUGCGCAAGUCCUUCCCAAAGAAACCUCACUACGAAUUCUGGAACAUCAUGAUGUGCCAAUUGAUCCACAUGCAAGACGACCUUCCGGAGAAAGACAGGACUCUGUUCGGCACCCUUGCCUACCGAAUGAUAUCAAAAGCAGCUGAAUCCAUCCCCAGCGACCAGGAGGAGCCAGCCUCUCCCGGAAAGGCAAUCUCGAGCCCAGAAGAAAUCGCUUUGCUCGUUCAGAUUCUCAACUCGACGGGGCGGUCAGCCGAGACGGUGAAGCUCUUGCAGAGCAACUCACUGGGCAUGGAGUCCCGCGUCGGCAAGAAAGAUCCACAGAUUGUGUUGUCUCUACUUCUAGAGUCUCUGGAGUUAUCGGAGCAAUGGGAUGAAGCUCAUUCCCUGUGCCAGAACUUCUUGUUGCAGUCGGAUCUUCGAUCGGACGACCGAAUAUGGCGGCUUUGGUUAAAAGCACAAUCCCGAUCGUCGGUCGAUGGUCUCGACCCAAAGUCUCAAGAGCUACUGGAUUCUGUUUGCAGCAUCCGACCCCCAGUUCGUGCAGCGUUUAUGGCCAAAAUGCAAUGGCUUCGAAGUCGCAAUGGUGAAGUCGAAAUGGAUGCUCUGCUGCAGACAUGCAAAGACUACUCCCAGGCAUUCUCCGAGAAAGCGUUCUGUUUUGAUGAUCUGAAAGAGUCUCUGCGACAUCUCGACAAAGCCCGGUUUGAAGAUUUCACGAGUUCCUGUUCCGAGCAAGGCAAUCUGUCGCGACUUUUCAAACUCAAGCUCUCGUACAGUUCUUUACAGGCCGAUGUCUCGCAAAAACACUUGUUGGCUUUCAUAUCCCAAGCAUUACAACUCUUCAAGGCCUCGCUUUCAGAUGCACCGGGCUGCCCCGAAGCAGCCAUCCUAGCGGUAAUGGCGAUGUUGAGGCUAUCAACCAGAGGAGAGACACGAACCAUCUCCGUUGCGGCGAUUCUACUUCAGAUCGCCCGUUCCAAAUUCGAAGAUUUUUAUUUGUUCAGUGUGUUUCUCGUUCGCAUCCAAGCACAUCUUGGCUUGCUAUCUCUCGCGAUGGAGACUUUCACCAGACUCAGCGUCAAGAAUUUGCAGUGGGAAACGGUGGGGCAUCUCAUUCUGACGAGGAUAUCUACCCUUCAUCCAAUGUCAAGUGGGCCAGGUGAAGACACGUUUGAUCCUCUCCGAGCUAUCGACACUGGUCUCACCAUUCUAGAGAACGCGGACAAUGCUCUUGUCCGCGGCAUCCGCGAAGGAUUGCGAUUCAACAGCUAUUCCAACAUCUACAACAGCGUUACAAUGCGGUCGGACAUUGCGCGGAGCGUCAAUCGGCAGAUCUAUGCCAUCGAAGAGCGGAAGCUUAGACGGUCCCUCGGAUUACCUGAGGACACUGUGCUAGCACCCAGUCCUUCAAGUCUGGUCGACAAAAGGGAUUUCGCCUACCUGCCAGCUUAUCGUCCGGACGACUCAGAGUUACUGGGCAAUAUUUCAUGCGGUCCCCUACCUAAGGAAAAGUGGAUUCUUGCGAUGGCGUUGUGCGACAAUGUCGCUACCUAUAUCAAGGCAGAACUUGCAUCGCUGCCAUUGUUAGCCGUGAAGGCCUUCGACGCCCUCAAACAAUCCCAGGUCAAUCUGGAGAGACUGCAAGAGGACGCGGCUACAGAAAUGACCAAGGCAGAGAUGUCCAGCUUUGAGUGUUAUCAGAUACUUGCUCGGGCAGCCGUGUUUGCGAAGGAAAGCACUUCAUCCAAGGACACUAUCCUGGGUCUUCUUGAGAAGCUCCAGUCCUGGAUGACUGCAAGGCUCGCCGAGCACAAGGACGGGCCAUUUGUUAUGACGUUGGCAGACAUCCGUACUCCAACGUGGGAGGGAAUCCAUACGAGCCUGGUCGAGCUGGAGACGUUGCAAGUCAUAGCCAUGUUCUUGGCAUCUCUUGCCAGGAGGCCCAAAUCCAAGUCCAAAGCACUCGCCGUGCCUCCGGAGACGUUGACCGGGCUUCAGAACCAGAUCUUGGAACUCGAGCGUGCGGUUCAUGCGGCGGCGCGGGAGCUGAAGGGCCAGAUCAAUGCACCGGGCGUCUUAGGGAAGCUGGUCGACCUGGGGAUGGCCAGAGACGAGGCAGGCAAACUGGCCGAGUUGGCAAGCUUGUUGGAAACGCUGUGCGACGAAGUCACAAUGGAGACGAUCUGCGGGCACAUGAAGGAGAGCUGGGAAGAUGCUCUGGAUGGAGUACUCGCUGUAAAAGUCAAGCUGUACAAGUGA